AUGAUUGAACGAUUUGGGCAUCUAAAGCUGGAGUUAGCAAGACAUGGGGUCAUCUAUUCUCAAGAAGAGCUAGUUGACAAGUUAUUUGACUCUUUGCCAGACGAAAUGUAUUGGCAAUAUUUUGCAUUGAUGAUCAAGAAUACAAUCAAGCCAGAAGAGUUAGCGGUUGAUUUGCUGAUAGAGAGACUAGAAAGUCAUGAGCUGGAAAUAAAGAAAACUCAUAAAAAAGGUCACUUUAAACGCGAGUGCAGAAAUGAUUAUGCUGACGAUUCUGCUAAUCCGUUCCGAGAAGAUUACUACAAGAAAGCAAUUUACCAUCAGAAUAAAUCGAAACCUCCCAGGCUUAAGCAAAUUGAGGAAGAUGAAGAUAAUGUUGAUGAUAAAAUAGAUGAUAAGCCUGAUGAUGAUAAUGAUAAAGAUGACAGAGGAGAUGAUGACAAUGAUCAAGGUGCUUCUGGGUUAUUAGUCAAAGAUCCAAUUGUUCAAGAAAGAAUAGAAGAGCUAUUGAAUGACGAGAUCAAUGAGCAAGAGGAUGACGUACAGAAUGAAGCAUCAUCAUCUGGAAAACAACAUGAUGAUCAGGUACUUCUCUCAAACUCAACUGUUAUUUAUCUGAAUGUUCCACAAGAAGGAGAGGUAGAGGUGAGAAGAACAAGAGCUGAAAUGUUAGAGGAGUUGGGAUUAGAAGAAGGAAAGUUCAAGUUUGAUAUUGAGGAUGAAAUUCCUCAGUCACCAGCUAAAGACUUCGAGCCUUGA